AUGCGCCUCGCUUUCAUCUUCGCGCUGGUCAUUGCGGCCACUCUUCACGUCAGUGGUGCCUCACUUCCUUCGGCCAACAAGCUCAACGCUGGGGUCAAGAACGAUGCGUCGCCUGCUGCAACCGAUUUAUUCGACGCGGAUGGCGGACGAAUGCUUCGUCGUGUCGAGAAGUACGAAGACAUCGGCGAAGAGAGAGGGUUUUCCGUGAAGGAAUGA